AUGGAUGGGAAUCACGGAACAGAAAAUGUAGGAAACAACCGGGACAAAAGUGCGAAAGUCGGUGACGCACACUCUAACAAGGGGAGCAGUGAAUCGGAUCGUACCAAAGAAGAAGAUAAAGGGUCAGCCAAGACGAAAUAUAUGUCGUGUUCGGGACAUAAAGGGGAAGUUACCUCUAAUCGCGAGUUCAGCACGAAAGGUGUGACAGCGGCGGAAGGAAGUAGAUUCGUAGCGAGUGAUAACUGCAAAAAUUCUGGUAAAGACGGAAAUGUUGCUACGACCGGUUCGUAUGCCAGUGAGAUCGCCGAACAUUACAACAGGAUCACCACCAAGUCAUACGUAGAGCGAAAAAAAUCAAGUAUAAUCAGCAUCAGAAAUAUGAACAACUUUAUCAAAUCGGUGCUGUUCAACUUGUACAUAGCGAAAAACGAUCGUGUUCUGGACCUGGGUUGUGGAAAAGGCGGAGACCUGCUGAAGUACAAAAAAAUAGGGAUAAGCUACUAUUAUGGACUGGAUAUUGCCGAUAAGAGCAUCGAUGAAUGUACACUGCGGUACAACAGGCACAGGUGCCCAUUCAAGGCUGAUUUUGACGUGUGCGAUGUGUAUCAUAGCACGUUAAACCUCGGAAGACAGUUCGAUGUAAUAUCCAUACAGUUUAGUUUUCACUACUCAUUCGAAUCAGAAGAUUCGUUUGCAGCAACCAAGCAUAACAUAAACGAACAUUUGCUUGAAAAUGGUUAUCUGUUGCUAACGGUGCCUGACAGGGAUGUGAUUCUGAGAAGGUAUCACCGGUCCAAGGCCGAAAACGAUGUCACAGAGAAAAACAAUAGCGAACAGCAGACAAAAUCAAAUAUAAGCUUUGGAAACGAAUACUACACGAUCGAGUUUCCGGCUAAUCCUAGCGACAGGGUAUUUGGCAAUCAGUAUUAUUUUCAUUUGCAGGAGGCGGUAAACGAAUGUGUAGAAUUUUUGAUUGAUAUACGUUAUUUGGUGCAGGAAAUGAAAAAAAUCAACUUGCUCGUGGUAGAAAACACCAAUUUCAUGAGUUUUUAUAACGCGAACAGCGGCAAAUUUGCAGGGUUGAGAAGAAAAAUGCUACCGAUGCGGCUUAACACUGACGAGGUAAAAGUAAUGGAGUUGUACCGUGUUAUUGUUUUCCAAAAGAUGAAUGGCAGAUAGGUCGUGCCCAUGUAAUAAAAACAAUUCUUUAAUGC